AUGCGCUCUUUUUUCCAAAAAGCGGCGAAUGUUGUCUCAGGCAAUCAGGGCCUAUCCGGUUCCACCAUGAACAUAGGUGGUACUUCUGUCACUGUUGGAGACAAAAUUGCUGAAGGCGGCUACGGAUGCAUUUAUAGAGCAACUGAUAACUACGGAAAGACUUAUGCUGUUAAAGUUCUCCAAGCGCCAGAUCAGGAGCAUUUCGAAAUGAUUCAAAAAGAGUUUGAGAUUCAAAAGAAAUGCUCACAACAUCCAAAUGUCGUUAAAGUUUUUGGUAUGUCAACAGAUAACAGAACAAGGCAGACAACAAUCUUAAUGGAGUUUUGCCAGAGCGAAUGCGUCAAAGAAAUGAACCAAUACUUCAGCCAAGGUUUCUCUGUUAAUAAAAUUAUCGAAAUCUUUACACAAGUUUGUGAUGCAGUUAAUUUCAUGCAUACACAGAACCCACCUAUCAGCCAUCGUGAUCUCAAAGUCGAAAAUAUUCUUUAUAACGAAGGAAAGUACAAAUUAUGUGAUUUCGGUUCUGCUACAACACGUGUUUACACGCUAGAAGAUUCUGGUGAAAUCAACCAAGCCUCCGACGAUAUCCAGCGUAACACUACACCUCUCUACAGAUCACCAGAAAUGUGUGAUCUCUACCGUCGCCAGAAAAUUGAUACUAAGUCUGAUGUUUGGGCUAUCGGUGGCAUUCUUUUCAAGCUCGCUACAUUCCGCGAUCCGUUCCCAGACGGCUCAAAUCUUCAAAUUCUCAACUGCAGCUACAGAUGGCCAAACGACAGACAGGUUAAUCCAAAGAUAAAGAAACUUGUCGAAUACUGCUUCGAAACAAACCCAGCUAAGCGUCCAACCGUUCGCCAAGUUCUCGCAGCCACCUACAAUGAAUUCCCUGACUUGGUUGAUAAGAAAUGGCAAUCAUCCCAGUCUUCUGCACCACAAGCUGCUCCUGAACAGCCUCCUCAGCAGCAACAGCAAUCUGUCCCUGAAUUCUCUCCAUACCAACAGCAAGCUCCAAUGCAAAUACAAGUACCACAGAACCAAGUAUCAUUCGGUGGUUGCAAGCCACCUUCUGGCGAAUCUUCUCCAGUUGGCAGCCAAAAUACUUUCAAUCUGUUCCAAAAGGCCGCUUCUCAGGAGAUUUUCGGAGGUUUUGCCACUCCGGCCGCUAAUACAAAUCCACCUCAGUAUCUUAAUUUCGGAACUCCUCUUCAACAGCAGCAGAACGCUUCUUCUUUAAUAGAUUUCGAUACAACUGAAACACCAAAGGCUGAAGCUCCAGCCAUGAUCGACCUUUCUGCAUCAGCUUUGUCGAUUGAUACAUCUCGAAUUGAAAAAGACAGAGAUAACCUCAUCAAAGAAAUUCUCGCAAUGGACGAUUCGCAAUUAUCAUCCGCACUUUACUCGAUAAAUACAGUUUCGCCAGAAUUUUCCGUUCCAUUUUACUUCGCAUUAGUACAUGCAGCAGGAACACGUGCUCCUCUUAUCAUUCAGUACCUUCCUGUUGUCAACCAUCCACAAUUCGCAGCUCUAAUUGAAGCAAGAAAGAAUUUCUCCUCUCAUUAUACUCAAUACGAAGGAAAUUACGCUCUUGGCGCAUUUAUGAUCGCCAACAAGGCUAAGCCACCACCAGUUGGACAACCACCAAUCUGCCAGGAUGCCGUAAAAGAGAUUUUGAGUACAAUUACAGCAUGUGUUGGCGCAUUGAGAGUUAUUGCUCACCAUGACCUUGCUGAAGAAGCUUUCUGUGCUUAUCAGGUUGCAGCAUAUUGCAUUGCUAAGCUUAAACAGUUCAAAGUCAACGAAGGAUAUAUUGAUGCUGUUCCAGUCCCAGCUUUGAAGAAUUUGCACGGACUACUCAAGAGAAUAUUCGAUGCAAUGCCAGAAAAGAUUCCUUUCCCUGCCGAGCCUUUCGACUUUGGCAAUGCGGAAUUUUUGAAGAAGAUCAGAGCUCCAGCUUCAAAACCACAACCAAAAUGA